GCAUCUGGAGGCGUCAAAGAGCAAAAAGAAUGGACGAUCUGGGAAUCGAACCCAGGACCUACCGCAUGCUAAGCGGUCAUUAUACCACUAAACCAAUCGCCCAUGGUAUGAUCUAGCCCGGACUUGAACCGGAGACCUUCAGUGUGGCAGACGAGAGAGACGAGGCUCUCGAGCUGUUAGACUGACGUGAUAACCAACUACACCACCAGACCAGUUGUUGUUGGAGACGCAAGGGGCCAAGGCGAAUAUGACGCGCGGGAACCGACCGACUUGCAUUGUGGUGAACGGGGCGCGAGAAGCGAGGGUUUGGUUGCAAAAUCUGCUGGUUGCGGGUGAGGGUUCGAAUGCCGCCAAUCAGAGAUUUGCGCUAGAGGUGAUGGGAAAUUGCAGGCUCCGCGCUGUCGGACGCCGUGGCGGGCCUGGUGGAGCUCCGGCAAAGGACCCGCUGAUGCUCCCGCGAGUCUUCCGCAUGUGUUCCGCAAAAUAUCCCGAGCCCGUAUUGCUGUCUAUCACAAAGCGAGGUAGCAAGUGGAAGACUUGUAUAGUAGAAAGUGGCUUGAUUCCUCUAAGUGGAAGAUCCGUCUUAGAUGUAUCGCAGGGAGAAAGUCGUAUCGUGAUUCUCCCUUGCUUCGGCGCGAAUGCGGCAACGCCAUUGAUCGUCCCUCUCCUCAUUGAAUCAUUUUCAGCAACUUCGUCACGGCUUCACCCCGUUACCUUUCACUUCUUAAUACGUUCCUCCGCACGCUACAGCCACAUAGCGCCCAAGAUAUGUUCCUCUAUAGGCCCGCAAGUCUCGUAACGUGACAAACCCGGAGCCGAGAAAUCCUUCCGUAUAGCCUGGGUACAGUACCACUGUCUCAAUUCCCAUCCAGCCAGCAUAUUCUGGGCGAGACAUUCUAAUGAACAAUACCCGAACUCGAGCCACCCGUCUCCUCAUCUGGCCCACAAUGCUUCCUUCGUUUUACUUUCCUUUUGUGCGGCUCGUGUUCUUGCAAAGUUUCCCGAUAGAUUCGGCGUCUGUGAUCGACUUACGAUGCAGAGCCCUGCAUAGUUGACCAUGGGUUGGAUCGAGC